AUGGACGAUUAUCGCUACAUCAAUGGCUAUUCAAACAUGUAUUGGGCUUGGGGAGGAGAAGAUGAUGACAUGGGAAAACGUAUACUUUCGCUAAACUACACAAUAGAAAGGCCGCAUUCGGAAACUGGACGAUAUUCGAUGUUGAAGCAUGUGAAAAGGAAACGAACUGCACCUAAACUCAUAUAUAAGUUGCUCGAAAUAGCAGAGAAGCGGGUUGCAUAUGAUGGAUUGAAUGAGACCGAUAAAUGGACUGUGCGAAAGGUUAGUGCAGGUGUUAGUCAUGUUCUUAAUUUGUUUUUGAAAUUCUGUUUUUGUUGA